GCGCAGGUCAGUUGCUGAGUGGUGUUAUAGGGAGGAGGAGUACCUAUCAAGAUAUCAUAAUUUCUCCCGGCGACUUGCUCUGAAAAGACUGAAGAAUAUUAAAAUAAACGAAUGAAGCCAAGGUAGUAUGAAAAACCCGUGAAUUUUACGCCAGUUUGCGGCAUUUAGGAGCAUUAAUAACAUUGUUUUGGAGGCCUGUUGCUAGCUACGGGAAAUCCUCGGACUGGUUAGCCCGGUAGAUACCGGGCCGAGAGAGCACAGAGAACCAAGACGGGAGCUACGUAGACUGCUUUGACAGAUUAAUUUUUACGGUUACUGGCUGUGCAAUAUUAUAACAAAGCGAAGGCGAAACCUUUUGUAUUUCUCCGUUGCGGACAUAAAUCAACUUAACACAAGACGUUUUCAUUUUGACAGCUAGCUAACAUUAGCUGUCCUGUGUUUACAAGCUAACUUAGGCGAGAUCAUCUGAAAAAAGUUGACUCCAAGUUUUAUUAUUGGCAGUCAGGAUAUGCAUGUUUAGCUUCUAUCAUCUGCAUGCUACCUGGCAGUAAAUUGUGAGUUUGUUCCUUUUGUGUCUGUUGACUGAAGGUCGCUAGCUAGGCAGCAAGAACACAAGGUUUCCUAGCUAAGGUUAUCACAUCCUUAUGUUUGUCUACGACAAUCAUAAGGUUGCUACUUUGUUGAGCAGAAAAAAGGCAUUGCUGACUUGAUUACCAAAGUUAUAUUUCAUCCAUUGAAAGCCAGUAAUCUUGAUGAAGGCCCACAGAGAUGAGUGGAUUUUGACACCGUCGGGGCACUCAGGUGUCACCUGCGCUGCUUGGUAUUAUUAAUCUUACUCCCAUAUCCAACAUCUGCUGCAGCAGAAGUAACAGACCUACUCUAUUACUCUCUUGGGCUGGUUUGCUCAAGAAAGACCCCCUUCACAGCAGACCAAAAUGAAUCGUUACCUGCCGGUGGCCAGACAGCACUUCCUGGCUGCCCUUGCCAGCACCAGUGUGGUGGUAAAAACUAUAAGUGCUGUUGUGGUCGUUCUCUAUCUGUUGUCAUGGGCUGUUGACACUCCAUAUGCAUUGGGGGUGACCCCAGGAUACCUAUUUCCUCCUAACUUCUGGGUGUGGACACUGGUGACCCAUGGGGUGAUUGAGCAGCAUGUCUGGGGUGUGGCUGCCAAUGUUGGGACAGUUAUGGCAUGUGGACGUCUGCUGGAGCCUCUGUGGGGCGCCCUGGAGCUCCUGAUCUUUUUCGCAGUGGUCAAUGUCUCGGCAGGCCUCCUGGCAGGUCUCUCCUACCUCCUCACCUAUGUUGCCACCUUUGACCUGGACUUCUUGUUUGCUGUUCGAAUACAUGGAGCAGCUGGGUUCCUGGGAGGUGUCCUUGUGGCGCUGAAGCAGACUAUGGGGGAUACCACAGUGCUCAGAGUGCCACAGGUGAGACUCAAAGCAGCACCAGCUUUGGUCCUUCUCCUCCUGGCCUUACUACGUCUGUCUGGGCUGCUCGAGAGCUCGGCCCCCCUGGCUUCAUACAGCUAUGGCGCUCUGUCUGGCUGGGUCUAUCUACGAUUCUACCAAAGGCACAGCCGAGGUCGUGGAGACAUGUCAGACCACUUCGCCUUUGCUAGUUUCUUCCCAGAGGCACUGCAGCCGGCCGUAGGACUUCUGGCUGGACUGGUCCACUCGGCUCUGGUGAAAAUCAAGAUUUGCAGGAAGAUGGUGAAGAGGUACGAUGUGGGGGCGCCCUCUUCCAUCACUAUCAGCCUGCCAGGGACAGACCCACAAGAUGCAGAGAGGAGGAGACAACUGGCUCUCAAAGCUCUGAACGAGCGUCUGAAGCGAGUAGAGGACCAAUCUGCCUGGCCCAGUAUGGACGAUGAAGAAGACGAUGAUGAGGACGAGGUCCGAACGGACACACAGCCACUCCUCCCAGGUGGGCGUGACCCCUCCAGCUCCAUGCCGAGACCAUCAGGAGGGCCUGCCGGGCUCUCCCUCUCCUCCACGUCUUCAUCCUCAAUGUCACAGAGUGGCGGAGGAGCCUCUUCAGGUGCAGCACCGCACCCAGAGUCCAGCAUAAUCAGCUUUGAGGAUGCACCUUCUAGAUCGUAACAACAGAACCCAAAUGUACAGAUACACUCACCGUGCUCUGUGUUAUAGACAGGCACACUGACAUAAGCAGCUCCCUGUCUAGUAUACAAAUAGAUCCAGUGACAGUGGUUAGGCACACCAAACACAGACACACAAAACAUCCUCAAGCAGUUCAUAAACAAACCCUCUGUCAAGUAAUCGUAAGCACCGUGGGGUCUUACUGUACAGUGCUUUCAGUUCAGACAUGUUGGCUGUAAAUGCUCAGUGAGCAAACUGGACACUUAAUUCUUCUCUCUUCCUGUUAUCAAACCGAACAUCUACAAAAAUUCUGUCUUGUCUGAACUUAAUCCCAUCUUGCAGGGCUCUGCCCUGUGUGUCUCUUUCUCUUGCUUUCUAAAUAAAUAACAAAAUGGGUGUUCUAUAUUCUUUUUGUUACUCUUUAUGGAGCAGCCUUAAUUGUUCUCUGAUUGCCUGCCUGGAGAAAGCCGUCUGUGACAGAGACUGUUUUUGAUACUAGAUGAAAGGCAGACACUACACGCACUGUUUUGAAUAGCUUUCGUCGCAUUGGUUUUACAUACGUUACCAAGUGUGACACAGGAAGUAUGAAGAGUAAGCGCUCAGCACCGACUGCUGGAUCAGAGGAGAGAAGCUGCUGCAGGCCUGUCCUGCUGAUGAACUUUGAUACAAAUUUUCAGGCUCUGAAGAGAUGCCAGGUGAAGAGAAUUUUCUGGAAUUGGUUCAUUUGGCGCCUGGUGUCCCUUGAACAACAGGCAGAGAACAAGACUAUGACCCAUUUUUUUAUUUUUGGUUCAAACAAAGAUAUUCCUCUUUUUCUGGUUCGGUUAAAACAUCUGUACAAUAUCUAAAAGUCAAACACAUGGUUUCUGUGCACUAUCAAGGCGCGUUAAUGGCGUUAAACAUACAACUGUGGACAGUGAUUAUGAUUCUUUUGUUUUUGACUUAUGAGCUGAGUAUAUUUUGAGGUUAUCUACUCAUGGUGCAUCAUCCUGUCCCCUUCUACACUUUCUCCAUGUAGAAUCUGAAAGAGCAUAAGAAUCAGCAGUAGUCUUUCAGUUUUUGGGUGCAUUUGAUGCAGUUAGUGUUGUGAUCCCCAUCUGUCGUGGUUGUAAUGGUCGUUUGUGCCAUGAAAUAUGCAGAGGAGUGAUCAAGUACAAGUGAAGGGCAGUAAGUGCAUACUGAGAAUUAUAGACUGUCUGGGCUGUCUAGUAUUUAAUAUCAAAUGCUGCGGUUUCAGAGUUUGCAUCCAUGCAUUGUCAAACUCCCAUGUGUUGCUCUUUAGACACUGAUUCAUGAGGAUAAAUGAUUUAAGGAUGUCUGCACUGAUCUGUACUCUGCCUGCACAGUUCUCCUUUUACAAUUGUUACAAAUUCAUCUUAAAAUCUAAAAGAAAGCAAAGCCUGUGAUGAAUAAUUUCCUAGGGAGGAUGAUGGGCAGCUAAAUUACUUAGUCUACAAUGCCUCAUAAAUUCCUUUUGGACCAAAAGGUCAGUGAUUCAUUCAUUUUGUCAACAGUCAUCUCUGUAGACAUCUUUCACUAUUAUGUUAAUGAUCACUUCUUUCCCAUCUGUCUUUGUCCAUUAACAUCAGAUGGAGCAAACAAACUAUUUCAGAUGAUGUAUGACCGUGUUGACAGUCUGUUAAGUUGUUUUUAAACUUGUAAACUUAUGAUCACAAGUUUUAAAUUUUUCUGGAUUCAAGAAGUUUCCAAGUGGUUAUAAAAAUACACCAUGCACUCCUGCAGCAGAGUUUAAAAGGAUAAAAAAACAUACAUGAUGGUUUUUGCUCAUUAUCUCUGCAGGGUUCUUCAAAAAUAUUGGUUAGUAUAUUUUGUAAACGGCAAAACCUUUUGGAAGACGAGUAGCAUGGAAGUUUUCGUAGUUUUUACAUCAACUACCACAUUUUUGUUUAGUGCAGAAAUAUUCUUGUGUUGCUCUUGCUUAAUGAUGCACAAACUAAGUAAGCAUGCAUAUAAGCAGAAGAAAAUAAUUAAGCAAGAUUUAACACCAGGUUCAGCAGCUUAUUUGGGACCUGCACUGAUCUCAAAGAUUAACCAGCUGGAAAACAAACCCACUCUUCUUGUGUCUUGAAGUAGUGUCUUGUCAUAUUUUCUUUUAAAAAAAGGAUUGGAUUUGAUUCAAACUUAAGUUAAAGUACUUUAAUGUUAAUCAGAAACUUUUUGAAAUCCCUUGACUGGUGUGUAGAGGGCUGUAUUUAUAAGGCUGGUAGAGGGAUAUGGUGGAAUUUAUCAAAAGGAAAGAAUGAUAAACAUGCAGAGUUAUGUAAGAGUGAUUAUUGGGCUUCUCUGUGGAAACCUUCAGCCCACAGGCUUACUUUUAGUGUUUCAGCUGGAACUGUGCUGAUGCCUCCAAACAGUUUCUUUUGUGCAGACCAAAUGUAGUUCUGUGUGUCUUUAUAUGUGAAGCAGAAUAUGAAAAAAUGAACAGGAGCCCUGAAUGGUGUUCUGCCUGUCCCCACUUUAGCAAUGUGCUCUCUUAGAAACACUUUAACCCCGUCGAUGACCUCUGAAAGGUUGCUGCUUCACCUGAUGUGCAUGGGAAGUGAUAAGCCAUAUCUGAGUAAUGAAAUUCUGUGUUCAUCAUUUCUCUUUUUCUUCUUCUCAUUUCAGUGUUCUUCAUUUUGAUAAUGUCUGGGUGUUGAUGGGGGGGGGCUAUUCUUUAACUAAUAAACAACAAAGGAACAGGAGACGAUGUAUUUUAGAAAGCUACAGUCAGCAUCUGAACUAUCAAACUGCAACAAAAAGUACUCAACAUAAAUGUCAAAGCAACCUGUAGACAGAUAAAUAACUGGCAUAUAGCAGCACAGUGUGUUACAGUUAGAUAUUUAAAGUUCAUCUGGAAGAAGCAAGAUGGUUUCUUUUUGCAUAGCUCAGCUUACAUCACACAAUAAAAAUCAGCAAUGCAGUAAAACACAUUUUACAUGGGCACCCAUAACAUAACUGAAGUUGUGUAAGCUAUUGAAGUUGUGUAAUUUGUUCAGUAUAAAGGCUUAGGAAUACUGUAGUUGGCAGUCUGAUGUUUCAAAUUGAUCCUUGCAGGUGUGAUCUUUAGCCAAACUUCCAUUUCAUCCCUGUUCUCUUUGUUUAGUUUUCUGUGUUCCUAUUUUAUGGUUCUUAACAUCCAACAGAAUCUGUCUGAAUAAUGCCAAUUUACACAUGGAGUCAGACAAGAAAAGCUACAGCGCUGAAUGAUCCCAGUGCUUUAUAGUGGCCAAAUCCCUGUAGUGGGUGAAAGAAAUGCUUUCAUGAAAAUUAGACUACAAACUUUGUUCAGAGGGGUUCUUUCUACUUUGUCAGGCAACACAUUACCCUCAUCUCUAUUGCUUCUGGCUAACACCAGCCUCUAUAACUUAACAGAUGAAUUUUUUCUGCCCUCAGAGGAUUUGUGGUAUUCUGAUGAGCAUCUCUGUUUUAUCAUCCUGCUCACAAAGGUUGACAUUAAAACAGUAAUUUUUAAAAACUAUUUUUAAUAGUUUGACUCUUUUUUUCCAUAUCUGUCCCCAGUUUUGCACCAACAGACCUUGUUAUCUAAACAGUCUCUUUCUCUCUGUAUACUGUGGCUGCUGCACAGACUUCUCUGUUUUAGUUUUCAGAUAUAUUUCUUUAUCUCAAAAUGAAAUAAAAGAGGAUUGUAUGAAAUGAACUUGAGAGUUUCACUGUUUGAUUCUUCUGUUUCUGUGGUAUUUUGUGACCCGUAGAUAACAAAAUAAGAAAACCUUUGACUUUUCUCUAUUGAAGGAGUUAGAAAUUGGUGGGUAUGUCUGGUAAACCCAAAACUGUUUUAUAAUGGUAGUUGAUGAAGAUUAAGAUGUCUUUAACUCAUGAAACAGUACUAUUUAUUUUUUUAUGUAAAUGCAAUAUAAUUCUGUAUUUUUACACCCAUUGUUGAUUUGUUUUCUGUCUUGCUUUAGAAAAGUGCUUCUCAACUGGUCUAGCCUCAGAGUUACAAGCUUCAGCAGCUGGGAUGACAGAGACUCUGCAUACAACUGUUACCACAUUCUUCACCAGUCAGAGCUUUAAGGGAGAAUCACUGUUGAAGAAAACUCACAUCAAAUCUCCACUAGAGUUCACCUAAUUUACAUGACAUUAAUUUGUAGACUUUUCACUUUUAAAUUAAGUUUUUUGUUUUUCAAAAAAGCCAAUUGAAUAAUGAAUGAAUGAUGAAAUGAUUUAUAAAGAAAUUAAAGGGUAAAUCCUCCAAUGGGAUGAAUACUUUAAUAGGUAUUGUAUUUAGGGAUUCCAUGGCCAUAAAAUAGUCAAAAACUGACUUUUCUUUCAUAUGGCCACAAUGUCAGUAAUAAUGGUUAUAAUAUGGGUAGAACUUGUAGUGAUAACCAUUUAUGAUUACAGCGUGAACUUUUUAAUUUUUACCAUUACCAGGCAUCAAUUAUCAUUGUUCAUUAUCAGUGGAGCCAGUUGGUAAAUAAAACUCUUGCCAAGGCUGGUCAGAAAAAGAGCAAAAAAAUAUUUUUCCACAAAAAAAUGUUAUUGUGGUUCUUUUCUUUUCUUUUCUUUUAAUAAAGAAAUGUCCAGUUGUACAAAAAUCACUCUCCUGCUUCCAACUGGUCCAGAACACAGCAGCUAGGCUUUUAUCUGGUUUAAACAGACGGCAUCACAUCACCCUGAUCCUCUAUCCUCUGGCUCACUUUUAGAAUUGAUUUUAAGAUUUUACGAUCACUUUUAUUUCAUGUAUUAUAUUUCUGAGAUGCUGACCCCUUAUGAGCCAUCAUCAGUCUUAGACCCUUGACGGGGGCUUCCUGUUGUUCCAAAGUCAAGACUCAUGCAUUUGCUGUCAGGGCCCCUUGGCUUUGGAACGACCUACCUGAGGAGGUAAGGCUUGCAGAUUUAAAAGCAUCUUUCAAAUCGCUCCUUUAAACCCACUUUUACAGACUUGCUUUAUGUGAGGUCUGCUUUAACUAAUCAUUUUAUCACCCUUUUAUACAUUCUGCUGCUCUUAUUCUAUUCUACUGUUAUUUUGUCUUAUCCUGUUGCUGUCUUCACACCCUUUGUUUUUAUUCACUUACUUGUUCUAUUUCUUUGUAUCUGUUUUUAUCCUCUAAUGUUUGUUUUAUCUCUAAUGAUGUGAUGUCGUCUUCUUGUUUUUCCUUAUCAUAUUGUCAGUUUGUUGAUAUUUUCAUCAUUUACUAUUUUAACUGCCUUUAAAGAUUGUGUCAUUUUCAUUCCUUUCAAUAGUGUUAAUAUUUGUAGACUUAUAUGCUUCCGCUUGUUUUAACGUUUUGACUUUCAAGACUUUGUAUGAUUUGAUUUAUGUCUAUUGUAUUCAUCCCUGAGUUCAUGCCUUUGUUAUGUCUGUUAAAGAACUUUGUAAACAUCUGUUUUUAAAGGUUCUAUAUAAAUGAAGGUAAUUUUAUUAUUUUUAUAGUUCUGAUAAAACUGCUGCUAUAGAUGCAUCUGCACUAAUCUCUUCACUGGUCUCUUAUAGUCACUUCCCCUAAAGCACACCUGUUGCUAUCGCCUCCUUCUCCUCAAAUGACACUGAUCCAGUCACUCUCUGAGUGGGCUGAGCACUUCAGUUUGAAAGUCUGCGAGUCUGAUAACACAAGUGGAGUCUGGCCAAUCCAUCUGCUUUGUGAGGUUAAAUCCACAACUCACUAACAAUGGCUUUGUGAUCCACUUCUUAGACCCAACCUACCAGUUAAGAACCAAGGCUGGUGAGCUGGGACCUUAAACUGGGUUGCUGACCUGUUUUUAGCAGGUUGAAAAUGUGUGCCUGAAAAAAAUUAAAUGAAAGGUAUGUAAUAUACAGAAGUCCCAAGUGGAUAUACAUUCAUAUUUUUUAUUUUAAUCAAGGAAAUUUUGGUUGUUAUUUAUCUCCUGUUAUUGGGAUAACCAUGUUGUUUCACCUGUGAUAAUGUGUUAUUAAACAUUUGUUUAUUGACAUUAAAAUUUUGUGCAAAAUUAAA